AUGAAUUCAACAGAGGAAAAUUCCGCAGUAUCCAAUAUGAAAAAGUAUUAUAUUGUCUGCUCAUUAUCUGCAAGCUGUAGUCUGUUAUCUGUUAUGAUUUCUAUGAUGAUUAUGAUCAUAGUAAGAUGUUCGAAACGUCGUUUACAUACAGUUCGACAUUUGUUAAUGUGUAAUACAUGUAUUGCAUCAGUUAUUUAUUGUAUCGUACAAACUAUCAAUUAUAUUUUCCUCAUUUUUAUCCCAUGGGAAACAAGUAAUGUAUUAUGUCAAUGGCGGGGCUAUUUUGGUUACAUGUCGAUUUCUGCAGUGACGUAUUCUUAUCUUAUGCAAGCAAUAUCACGUCUGUUCUUCUCGAAAUUCUCAACAAAAUACCCUUGGUUGUUGACAUUCAAAACACAUUAUUAUCUAAUUCUCAUUCAUUGGAUUAUUGUGUUCAUUAUACCUUUGCCGUCAGUUAUAACAAAAGAUAUUUAUUUCCGUCCUGGUCUUCUUUGUUGGGUACCGCUCAAAGCCACAAUUCAUGUAGGAUAUACUGUAUUUGCCUGCUACUUCGUACCAAUAUUUUCUAUUAUUGUCAUUUAUAUUUAUAUCUAUAAACGAAUUAAAAAAGCAAGCAAACGUGCUGAAAUGGUUCUUAAUACAACAAACGAUAAACGUGAUCUUGAAGUUUUUCGUAAUAUCGUUAUUCUUUUGGCGAUUUAUAUCACCGGUGGUAUUCCAACUCUGAUUUUUAUUAUUUUUGAAAUACCUCUAUUUUAUUUAGCUGGCAUUGUUACAUUUACAUUGGCAGUAUCUAUUGAAAAGAUAUGUACGAUUGCACUUGAUCAUGAACUUCGACGAGUAGUGUCGAAUAAAAUAUUUAAAAACAAUCUAGUUACAACUUUCGAUAAUACAAUUACACGAACAAAGAAUCCAGAAACUUUGAGACGUCCUUGA